CCUAGUUCGAAUUUACUUUCAACAUGCCCGGCUCAUCCCUCUGGCUCCUCCCCCCCUCAACCCAUCCCCUUUCCACCAUCCUCCCCACCCUCAUCGACAAAACAUCAACCCACUUCUCCUCCCCCCACCGCUUCAUCCCCCACGUAACCCUAACCUCCGAAAUCGACCCAUCAACCUACUCCCCCAAUCCCCAACAAUGGCUCGACUCCCUUCCCUUCCCCUCCGCUUCGUCAGCGACCGUCAAGUUCGGCCGACUUCGCAGCGAGGACGUCUUCGUGCGCAAACUGUACAUCGGCGUUGAGAAAGCGGGCGUGAAGCAAAUAGGAAAAGUGACCAGGCAGCGUGUGAAAGGAUUUGAGGGGGAAGUCGAGGCUGAGAGGUGGGCGAAGGAGAAGUAUGGACCGCAUUUGAGCUUGCUGUAGUGAGUUGUGGUUUUUCUACCGUUUUAAUUGAUUGUUUAAUUGGGUGUUUAUUCGUUUGUUCAUAUGAGGAAGUGCUAAUGUGGAGGUUCUAGUCAUGAUUGUCCGAAGGUUCAACAGGAUGAGAUUGAUAAGAUUAAGGGAUUGGUUGAGGGUGCUGG